CCGUCCACUGGCUGAAGUGUGCGAUAUAGGCCUAGCAGUCGGUCGAUGGUUGUUGUCUGUUAUCGCCGCUGUCAAGUGAUAUUAGGAAAUAAAAUUCGCAAAUUUUGCUGAAGCAACGGAUAGAUGUUUCUUUUAUCAUCUAUUACAUAUUGCGUUCAGUUAGCCUUAUGAUACCGGUAGUUUAAUACCGAAAUUUUCUACUCAUCCGCAAAACUGCGAAUUACAACUUUUUGUGUUAUUAUCAAUAGAUUGAAAAUAGAAAAUUUAAUAAACAUGGCUAAUAAUGAUGCAUCGAACGAUAAACCAAGCGUGAUUGUGUUGGGAGGGUGCGGAUUCAUAGGACGUAAUUUGGUUGAGUAUUUAAUUGAAAAUGAACUUGUUUCAUAUCUGAGAGUGGUCGAUAAAGUUCCACCUCAAAUGGCAUGGCUUAAUAAGAAACAUCAAACUAUAUUUGAUCAUCCUCUCAUUGAAUUUUGUAGUGCUAAUUUAAUUAAUCCAGUUUCUUGUCAAAAUGCAUUUACUGCUGAUCAUCCCAUCAACUAUGUUAUUAAUUGUGCUGGUGAAACUAAAACUGGACAAACUGAUCCAGUUUAUAGAGAAGGAAUUUACAAAUUAAGCAUUAACUGUGCUCAGCAAGCAGCAACGAUUGGUGCAGAACAUUACAUAGAACUGUCAGCUGGAAAUUUUACAAAGUAUAAAUUGCAAGUUGAAAAUGAAUUGAAGAACAUUCCUGGUUUGAAAUAUACCAUUCUUAGGCCUGCUAUUGUUUAUGGUCCUGGUGAUAAGACUGGUUUAGCACCACGGUUAGUGAUUGGAGCAGUUUAUAAGCAUUUAGGAGAAAUGAUGAAAUUGUUAUGGGGUCCUGAUUUGAAAAUGAAUACUGUACAUGUUAGAGAUUUGGCUAGAGCUAUAUGGCAUGUUGCUACAAGGAAAGAAACUAUAGGAGAAACAUACAAUGUUGUGGAUGAAGGAAACUCUACUCAGGGCACAAUAAGUUCUAUAAUAUCUGAACUUUUUAAUAUAAAUCAUGAUUACAUGGGUGUAACUUUAUCUUUUUUAGCAAAGCAGAUGGAUAUGACUACAAUUGCUGAAGAGAUUAAUGAUAAACAUAUGGGACCCUGGGCAGAAGCUUGUAAUAUUGAUGGAAUUCAAAAUAGUCCUCUUACACCGUACAUCGAUCAAGAAAUACUUUAUAAUCGUUCUGUUGGUUCAAGUUUGCAGCCAGCAAAAUUGUUACAGGAUAUUCAUUUUCAAUACAACUAUCCUAAAUUAACAAAAGAAGCUUUAAAAGAGGUAUUGGAUGAUUAUGUUGAUAUGAAAAUAUUUCCUCACUCAUUAGUUUUAUAAGACCAAACUACAAGUUCUGAUACUUUUUAUCAAAACAUAGUCAACAGUGCUGAAACUAAGUACUACACCUUGUGCCUGACGCACUUGCAUACGCGUCGCAACGAUUUUACCUUAAUUAUUGAUUAGAUAUUACAGGCCUAUCAGUACAUGUGAUAAUGAAAUACAGAAAUGUAUGUACUUAAAAUAUUUCCAGGAUGCUAGUCAUAGCUCCAAUGAAUUGAGAGCGGUAAUUGAAAUGAAGUUUCAAUAUUUAUCGGCAUUUUUAGCAAUAAAAGUUUUUGAACUUUGUAAGUUUUAAAAGUGGAAAACAGUAGGCCUCUUUGAAUGAAAUAAUUCCAAUUAAUUAUGAACUUUAAGCAUUUGUUAAGUUACUGAAUUGUUAGUGAAAGUUAUCCCAAAAGAUCGACAUAAUUUUAGAAAGGUUUAAAAAAAUAUUUACAUAAGUUUUUCUCUAAACCGACAUUAUUGAUUUGUUGCUAUUACCCAUUGGCCACAAGAUUUUUGGGAAGCUAAAAAACUAAAGAUUUUAGAAUAUUUUUAUUCUUCACAAGAUUUCAUUUUCUAAAAUAAUUUUUGGUAUAUUACAAAAUGCAAUAAGUGAUUGUAUAUGUUGAGUUUUUUGUUAUUAUUUUAUGAUUGAAAU